UCAGAUAUACCCACAUCAAAACUCUAGGAUUCGAAGAAAUGAGAGUAAAUGGAAUCAUGGUCGCCGCUGAUUGAUAUCUUCAUGAACUCCCCUUGUCCUGAAACAGAAGCGUCUCUUUGGUUACGACGAAAUUUCAAGGCCUCAUCUUCCAUUUCCGCCCCCACGAUCACUACCAAUUCAUUCCUUCUUCUGCUCACGAAACCCCUCGACGCCGUCGUUAACAAAUCUUUUCCUCCUACAACUAAUCGAAUCAUUUGGAUGCAAACUUUACCUAAUUUGAUACAGUCUCGAAUCCUUUCUUUUCUCUCCAUAGAGCGUCGUAGUUUUCAGUCUGUUGAUUUGGUUAAACUCGCCAGAUGUAUAAUACAAAGUGAGGCUACAGAUCUCGACUUUUGGGUUAAGAAAGCUGCACGCCAGCUGCUUGAUAAAAUGUCUGAAUCCGAUUAUGAAUGGGUUUCUAGUUUCAGUCUUGAUUCUGAAGGAGGAGGUUUAGAAGAUGAUUUUGAUUCUCUUCCAGAUUGGUUUAACUUGUCAAAUUCACAAGAUUCAGUCCUUCCAUGGCUUCCUAUUUCAACAGAUGAUCUCAAUUCAAAAAUGACUUGGACACUCACAGGUGAGGUUUUCAUGACUCAAGUGGAAGAGAAAGAGCAUGAAAAUGAACAGAUAAUCAUGACAGAAGUUUCUGAUGAAAUUGAUCCCGAUAUUAAGGGAAGAGCAUGUCAUCUAAAAGAGAGAAUAUUAACUACCUCUACUUCAGAAUCUGUCGUAUUGGCAAAGGAAAUCCGCGAUCUUUGUAUAAAACAUCGAGCCAAUUCAUUUUCAGUCCUCGGAUUUAUUGAACCUUGGGAAGCUGAUGACGAAACUGCUUCCACUCUUCUUUCAAAUCUUUUAGAAGGAAAUGAAGAAGAAGAAGAAGAUACGAACUGGCCAAGUCAAGUCAUUUCCUCGAUCAUCCUCCCCAAGUUACUAUCAAUGGAAAAGCCAUCUUCCCGUUUACUCCUAAACUCUGUAAUUGCCUUUUGCAAGGUUCAUCAUAAGGCAGCUGUAGAUGCUUUGCUGAUUCCACUCAUAUUUAAGGCAGAAGGAAUUAACAACCCGAUAUGUGACGCGAUCGCGAAGAUCUUGAAAGAAUGCUUGCACCCUGUUCACGUUUCUUCCCUGUACCACAAGCUUCUAUGUCGGGAAGAAACAAAUGAAAGAGGAUUUAUAUGUUUGCCUUGUCAUCGACAUUUGAUAUGCGACGAGUUGGUAUGGACAGAAUCGACGUUUAUCUUGUUUCAUAAUAUAUUGAAUCAUAACGUUCAUCUGACUCAAGAUUCUAUUGAUCAGCUCGUUCAUCAGGUCCUGAUUUCAGCCGAGAAGUAUGCCAAAUCUUUGAAAUUUGGAAAUUUUUUACUAUGUUUUGUCACUAAAUGUGCUCAGUUAUUGAAAUCUCACAAGAUUUGCUUGAUUGGAGUGGUUAGAUGUACAAAUACUCUUGUGACUAAAUCUGUGUUGUCUAAAUUGGCUAGUUUAUGAACUUGUUUAUUGAAUAUUGGUAUGUUUUUGUCAAUGUAGUGUACUUUAGUUGUUA